UUUCCAUGUUGUACGGCAGCCACCGCGGAAGACAGAAGUCAGUUUUCAGUCAGACUCCCACUUUUCAUGAUGUGUUACUGAGAACAGGCAAUAGGUAGUAAAGGUGAACCAGACGACGUAGGUGCUGAAGCAAAGAGUUGCCAAAAGGUCCUGAGAAAUGUGGAAAAUUGGUGUUUAGCUGCUUUUUCCGUGCAAUAAAUGGCCCCAGCAGAGAAGUGAUAAGUUUGAUUUGUGCGUCCAAAUUUUCCAGUACAUGAAGGCAUCGCGAGCUUGGAAAUAAAGUUUUUAGGGGCCCCCCAAAAAGAAAGAGUGUGUGUAUGUGUACGUGUGUCUGCACCGAAUCGGCAGAGGAGAUCUAGUGUAGGAAGCAGCAGAGCUUAGCCCCGAAGAGAAAAUAGGCUGUCUGGAAACUCCGGGAAAAAUGGCAGCGCCCCUUGAUUUGGAGGAUUUGCAGUCGGAAAUCGAGCGUCUCAAUCGGGAACUCGACCAGGCCAGCAGCGAGAAUAUUCAGUCGGCUAAAUAUGGACUGGGUUUGCUUGAGGAGAAGCAGGGCCUGCAGGCGAAGUGCGAAGAGCUGGAGGCACUGUACGAGAAUGCGAGACAUGAGCUGGAAAUCACACAGGAGGCACUACAAAAAUUUCAAAAGACCCAGCAAGUUACCACCAAAAGUGGUAUCGAGCAGGAGGAUGCCUUGCUCAAUGAAUCCGCCGCCAUGGAGAUAUCCCUCAAUCUGCAGAUUCUGGAGCUGGAGAACGAAACCAAACAGCUGCGGCAUGAGCUGGAACGGGUGACGAACGAGCGCGACCGGAUGCUGCAGGAAAACUCCGAAAUUGGCCGCGAUAAAUCCGGCGCGGAAGCGGAACGCGCCCGACUGAAGGCCGAACUCAAAGACAUGAAAUACAGGGAAACCCGAAUGCUCAGCGAUUACAGCGAACUGGAGGAGGAGAACAUUUCCCUCCAGAAGCAGGUGGCCAGCCUGAGAAGUUCACAGGUGGAAUUUGAAGGUGCCAAACAUGAAAUCAGAAGACUCUCCGAGGAAAUAGAGCUGCUCAACUCGCAGGUGGAAGAGCUGGCAAGCUUGAAGAAAAUCGCCGAAAAACAGAUGGAGGAUGCGUUGACCGCGUUGCAAAUCGAGCGCGAGACGAAGUAUGCACUGAAGAAGGAGCUUGAUACACAUAUCAAUCGGGAAUCGAUGUACAACAUUAGCAAUUUGGCAAUUAGUAUACGGGGAAUGGAAGAGAGCACGCUGAAUAGCAGCGAUUGUGAGGAUGAGAUGCCUACACUGAAGGACUCGACCCUGAAGCGCUUGGAAACGCUGGAGGCCGAAACGGCCGACCUCAAAUCGCCGGACGGCACCAAGGUGGAUUUGUUCUCGGAGAUUCAUCUGAACGAACUGAAAAAACUGGAGAAACAGCUGGAAUCGAUGGAGAACGAGAAGAUCUGUCUGACCGCUAACUUGCGCGACGCUCAACAGAAUCUGGACAAGAGUCAGAACGAGCUGCAGAACUUCAUGGCCAAGUUGACGCUGCUGGCCGCCCACGUGGACGCGUUGCAGAAUCUCAAGAAGCAGAUCGCCGCGGAAGACAAGUUUGCAAACGUCUCGAACAACAAGGAUAAGAUGAUGAACGACAAGCUGAAUGAAGCCAUCCUGCAAUACUCCAACUGGUUCACACUUAGCGCGAAGGAGAUCGACACACUGAAGGCUGACUUGGUUGAACUGCAGAAAGGUUUGAACUGCUCGGACGCUAUGACUGUGCUACGUAACGAAAUCACCAACUUGAAAAAUAAGCUGUUGUCAUCGGAGCAGAAAUCGCUUGAUUUGCACAGCGAUGUGCAUGUGUUGACAACCAUCUCACAAAACGCCGGCCAAAGUCUUAAUUCCACUCGCAGCAAUUUGGUAUCGCUUAGUGAUGAUCUUGCUCAGCUGUACCAUUUGGUGUGCACUGUCAAUGGUGAAACCCCGAACCGUGUCCUGCUGGAUCACAAGAAUGACGAUCUGAGCUUUGACAACGAUUCGUUGUCUGCCAUCCAAUCGCAGCUGAAAUCAGACAUCUUGACGUCGAAACCGCACGUUUUCGAGGACUUGCAGGCUCUUAGCGAUGCUGUGGAAAUCAAGAAAUACGUCGAUACCAUCAGCGAUCAGAUCAAGUACCUCAAGACGGCGGUGGAGCACACGAUCGAACUGAACAAGGACAAGGUUUCGGAUGUGGCGGCCGGUGACAAGGAUGCCAAGGAGGAGAUCGCGGAUCUGCACGAGCAGAUCAUCAAGCUCAAGAGUUUGCUGUCGACCAAGCGCGAACAGAUCGCCACCCUCAGAACGGUGCUCAAGUCGAACAAGAACACGGCCGAGGUUGCGCUCACCAAUCUGAAGUCGAAGUACGAGAACGAGAAGCUGGUGGUGAGCGACACGAUGUCCAAGCUGCGAAACGAGCUGCGAAUCCUGAAGGAGGAUGCCGCUACCUUCUCAAGUCUUCGGGCGAUGUUCGCUGCUCGUUGCGAGGAAUACGUAACGCAGGUCGAUGAGCUCACCCAUCAACUGACGGCCGCUGAGGAAGAGAAGAAGACUCUCAAUCAGCUGCUCCGAUUGGCUGUGCAGCAGAAGCUGAGUCUCACCCAAAAGCUGGAAGAACUUGAGAUGGAUCGUGAAAUGCGUCACGUCCGGAGGCCCGCGAUGCCUGCCCGUGGCGGUGGCAAAUCGGCCUUCUCUCGUGGCGUCCCGGCCCGCAGCAGCAACCAGAACCCAAACAACAGCAGCAACAAUCCGAACCAAGCAUUCUUCUAACAUAAGGUUAGCGUGCAGCGUAAGAUCUUAGCCUUUAUUUAUACACUGCUGAAGCUGUAAACCGAGAAACGAGUCACUACACUAUCCAGAGCCAACACACAGCAUUCAGUGGGGAAAAAAAACCAAAAUCGUCCAGUUUAUGUUCUACAUACCAUGUAUUGUUUCGGUUGAUAGCAGUGCUGGCACGAAUCCUUCCAUCCAAUCAGAAUAGGUUUUUCCUCUUCCAGAAUUUAUUGUUUACCAAUCAUCCAGUGGAUGAUCAAGCUCAACCUGCUCUUUUUUGUACUAUACACAGGCUGAUGAAUGGACUGAGCCAGGUUGACGAUGCGCGUGUGUGUGUGAAGAAGAAUAUAUUUUUAAUAAUAUUAUAGACUAGAGACGAGACCUAUGAGGGCCUGUCCGACAUAGGCAUAUGAAAUAAGACGAAUGUGUGGAAAUAUAUCGUUAAUUUAUUUUGAUAAGAAUCAAAUAUAUAUAUAUAUUACAGUGGCUAACGAGAACAUUCACUAAUUAUAAUUUUUAUUUAGGAUAAAUGAAGAAAAAGAUCCGAUUGUCCUGCACAUUUGUAAGCAAAAAAAAAGGUAACGCGAUGAGAAAAAAAACGAUACGAGGAAAAAUUUUACUGUACCGAGUAACUGUAGACACAUAUUGCAUAGGGACACAAUUUAUAAAUUAUUGUCGAACAAUAAUAUUGAUGAAAUUUGAUAAAUGUAGAUAUUUUCUCACAGUUUUGAGCUUAAAUUGUUGUGCAAUAAACAAAACAAAACAAAAAAAAACUUUACGUUAUGAUUUCACCUAUGAUUUUGAGUACCCAAAUGGUAAAAUUAUCGAUGAUUAAUAUUCGACUAAGUGGGAAAGGCUAUUUCUUCCUCUGCUCCUAUUUUGACGUCGGACCAAAUCUGUUUUUGAUUUUAAUCGAAAUAGUAAUCGAUAGAAGUGCUUAGCAAAUUUACUAGCGAUGUGUAGGCGCGGCAGUAGGAAUGCUAUAGUUAUUUUUAUCUGACCUUCUGAGGGCGUUUUUUUUGCGAUUUGUCGAAAAGAACUGAAAUAUGCAAAUAUGCACUAGAGCGCGAGUAGUGCGACUCUUGUUCUCAGUAGUGUUCGAAGAAGUAGUAACUCUAUUUUUGUAACUUCCUGACUCAAUAAAUCUUUUAGCAUUCAAUAGUGAUAGCUCAUACCGAGUUCAACCGUUAAUAGUAGCUUAGUCUGUUUUAAGUACGCUGGGCUUUGAACUAGUAACCUUGUAGGAGUAUGACGUUGCUGACACUAGUGAUUCAGCGUCUAAUUGACGAUUCCUUGGGAACAAAAUGCGAGCUUUUAAGACGGUUGCGUUGCGCUAGAGAUCUACUCGAUAAGUUCUCCCGAGAGCAGAAAGGAUAGCCGUGUUUCAGCAAAAAUUAAUGCGAACGAUAUGUUUCUAAUCGAAUGAUUUUACCAACGGUUCAGUUGAUUUAUUUUCGUUUCUAUUGGUCAUUGUGUAUACAUACAACGUUGUUGAUAUUGACAUUAAAUGUGUGACAAAAUAGUAAAAGCAUUCACUGUGAAGAUAAAAAAAAGCAAACAUCACAAUUCUGUCCUAACUUUAAGAAGAAUAUUUUUUCUAUUAAGAAUGAUUGUUAAGUGAAACUAAUCAGAAGCGUCCAAAAAAUUAACUGACAAAAACAGAGUAAUAAAAUUUCCUAUUGAAAACUAGGAGUAAAAUAAAUUUAUUUGCGAACAAAAAAACGCAACACAAUAAGAGAAUAAAACGAAAAAAUUACCGAGCCAUUUAUUUAAUUUUUAAAAUCAUUAAAGUCUUAACUAAAUGGAAAUGAGGAGCGAUAGUGACGACAAACGAAACGCGGAAUUUGGAAAUGACAAGUUCAUCAUUUCUUCAAGCAAGCGGUCCAUCAGUUAUUGUCUCUCGCUGAGGCGAACAUAUGUAUAAAACCAAUAAUGAUGAAAUAAAAUUAAUCACCGUCCCUUUUUAUGAGCAUAAAGUUGAAGAAAAACCUUGAAACGAGUAUGUAACAGUUAAUAGGGAAUCAAAAAUCUUUUAUUAAUUGUUUAUUUUUUAAGGUAACUGUUGAUCGUUGCUAGUGAAAGUGUGAUUCAUGUGACCGAUUAUAAGCGCUGAGUUAAUUGUUUCGCUUUAUUUAACAUCCUGUACCGAUGAGAAGAGCAUCUUUUAGGGUGUCUUGUUUUCGUUUCGCUUUGAUAGCUUGUUUAUGCUUACGUGUGCUUAUCUGUAGCUUAUUAGGGAAGAGUUUUUUUGGAUGGCGAGAAAAGAUGUAUGGAUCGUAGUGAAAAGCAAUGUUUUCUUUCCAAGGAACACGAUAGAUGAUAUCGACUGAUACGCGGAAGGUUAUCGAACCUGUACCAACUUUCAGCAGAAAACGAAAAAGUAAAGUAACUGUCCAGCAGAAUAACAAAACAUACAACAAUCUAGAGAUUUUAGUAGCCAUAACCAAACAGAUAUAGGCGAUAAGUUUGGCCAGAAAGAGAGAAUAUUUGUAGUGUUAAUCACCACACAGAAAAAUUUGCAUUGGUCACACACACUCACCUAGAAUAUCUCUCGUCGUAUAGAAAUACCCUAGCAUUUGGAAAAAAAACAAAAUAACCUUUACGAGAUUCGUUCUGUAGAUAAUGUUAGCGAGCAAAAAGCAACCACGCAAAAUAUUGAGAUUACCGAAAACUAGAAUUCGUUCCCAUUUUUGGUCGGUUUGUUGAUAGUUACUGAUUAGAGGUGUUCAAACAUCAAACUGAAAUUAUAGAAUAAAGCGAACAAUCCUUGGCCAGACGAUGCCCGUAAUGAAAGUAGUAGACGUUACAUGUUUUUGAACUCUAUUCGAGAAGAUACUAGAAAUACAAUAAACUAACCACCCAAUUCUGAACUUAGACUUCCCCCUAACAUACCAAACUAAAAGACUAAAUAACACUUACACACCACAUAACAAACGGAGGGAGAGUAUCGUACAAGAGAUAUUCUAAACAGUGCCCCCCACCCUUAUUCGUUAUGUUAAGUUUGAAGUCCUGCUAGUAGAGAUUGUCUCCUCGUUUAGUUGUCCGAAAUGCGUUCUUUUUUUUUUUGCAAUAUUCACAAAAACGAUAGCGUGUGCACAAGCAGCAGCAGGAUUAUUUGCAAUUGUCUAACGUGCAUUGACAGACAUACUAGCUUUAUACAUAUAUAUGUUUUAGUAUAUUUUUGACGAACUUGCUAGCGACCAGGGAGCAAAGCAAAUAUUCCAUUGCCCUAUUCAAGUUGGCUACAAGUGUGUGUGUGUGCGUGUUUGAUAAGAGCACAAGCCGCACGAUAACCGAUGCGGAUAUUUAUCUUUUGCUAACUUAUACUAAUUUAUUGUAUCUCAUUAAAAAUGAACGUAUGUUAUGGUAAAACUAUAUUGUAAAGUCUUACAAAAAUGAAAUCAAUACAAAAAUAAUGAAAACAUAAGA